AUGAGUGCUCCGCGCGUGCACUUACCCAACUACGCCGACGCCAAGUACACGGAGGCGUUGGGCCGGCUGCGGUUCCUGCUGCAGGAGUACGACAGCGGCAGCUACGGCGGCUCCGAGCCGGGGGAGCGCCAGCUGGGGCAGCUGGCCCGCAGUCAGGAGCAGCUGGUCGACCAGCUGCAGCACGAGAACCAGCUGCUGAGGGACAUGAUGGACGAGAUGCAGCAGCAGGUGCAGGAGCUGGUCUUCGAGAACAGGACACUGGCCGAAGAGCGCAGAUGUCAGAUGAUGUCAGAUAUUAGUCAGACGAUGUUCGCCACCUUGGCGAGCGCCGGCCGCUGUCCGCUGUCCGAGGUCGGUCUGCUCCUGUCCACCGUCUGGCUGUCCACCGCCCGCCGACGGCAGCAGCUGACCGAGGCCCUCGGCACGCUGCAGAGCCGAGUCAGUGAGCUGCAGAGACGGGAGGAGGAUGCGUUGGAGAAGGUGUCGCAGAGCGUGCGGCUGUCGGAGCAGGCUCAGCUGGAGAAGGCUGAGGCCGAGCACGCGGCAGAGGUGCUCAGAAGGGAGCAGGCGAGUCAGCAGGAGCGGCAGGAGCGCCUGAUCGCAGACCAGGAGCGCAGGGUGGCGGCGGCCCGGGAGGAGGCCGAGCGCUCUGUGCAGGCCAGCUUCGACCGGCUGCGGGCCCAGCUGGAGGAGCUCACCGAAAAACUGGGCCAGCUGGAGGCGGAGCGACAGCAGUGGCAGCGUCUGGAGCAGGAGCUGCGCGGCGCCGUCCAGGCGCAGCAGCAGGCCACCGAUGAGGCCAGGCUCGACGCCGAGCGCGCCGCCGCGCGGCAGCAGCAGGAACUAGCGCAGGAGCAGCGGCGACGCGUGAAUGCAGAGGCGCAGCUGGAGACCGUGAAAUCGGCGGCAGAGCGGGCCGAACAGGAGAGACGGGGAGAGACGGAGACGCUGCAGGCUGAGCGGGCGUCUCUCCGCAAACAGCUGGCCUUGGCGGAGAGCGCGCUCAGCACCGCCCAACGGGACAGGGUCCAGCUGCAGGAGCAGGUGAACAUGCUGGAGCGGCGGACGUCCGGCGAGCAGCUGGACCGGCAGGCGGCCGAGCGCGGUCGCGUCGACGACGUCAAGACGCUGACGCAGCAGCUGGAGACGCGGGAGCAGCAGCUGCUGAAGGCCGUGGCGCAGGUCCGCGCCCAGAGCGACACCCGCGCCGAGCAGCUGGAGACGAUGCUGGAGUCGCAGGCGGCGCUAGUGGAGCGACUGGAGGCGGAGUGCGCAACGCUCGCCGCGCAGCUGGCAGGCUUCCAAGCCCAAAUCGCGGACAUAUUCUUGCCGUUCCAUUAG